AUGGGCAAAGUGGCGCCCAAGAGCGGGGGCACUGAGAGACGCAAGAGCGCCGAGCAGCAGAUAGCAGAGCAGAAGGCGCAACCGACCGACAAGUUCUUCGGCUGCCUUCCGUGGAAGACCACCAAGCCCAGGCAGCAUGUCUGCGAGGAGAAGGGCUUGCACGCCGUGCAGGACCCGGACGGGAAUGUGUGGCUCGUCUGUUUUAACGUUUCGAAGGUCAUGGGCAUCGACCUCGAGUUCGAUAGCAUCCAGGCCUACUUAGAGCACAUCUUUGGCAACCCCACUAAGGCGCGGCACGCGGUUUUCAUGACGGCCAGGCAGAACUGGAUAGACCAGCACAACGCCGACCCGAGCACGGUCAAGCUCAGGACCGAGGCCGCGUUGAGGGCGUUCAAGCAGUUGUUGACGAAGACGAAAAGCGGCCACAGGUUGACCAAGCCGAAAAGGAUGUUCGUGGAGCUCGCCCAAUACAUCGAGGACUUCGAGCGGGCCCCCGCCGAUGACGAGAUCGACGAGGAAAUCAUCGACGGGGUCGUGACUCGGGGCGUGUAUCUUCUCGCGCCUGGAGAGAAGAAGGGCUACCACCACGUCGAGGACUACAUCGACAAGCAGACGGAGCAGAGGACGCUCGUGGACGAUGGUGAACAGGCUCUGUCGGACACCCAUGUAGAACAGAAGUUCCAGUUGGCGCUCAAGGCAACGAAGGAGAAACACGACAAGCAGGACAAGAAGCUCGCCAAGCAGCCGGCGAUGGACCACCCUUUGCUGGGCAUCCUCCAGGCUUGCAGCUUGACUUCCAGCGGCAGCGAUGGCCCGAAACGCGUUCUCCAGGGUGGCGAGGGCGACAACGGGGAUAGCGACGACACCAGCGAGGCCUCCAAGGGGAGCGACAGCGAGCAGCAGCAAGAGAGCGACGCGUCCGACGACGAGAACCUCCGCGCCUCCAGCGGUAAUCCAUUCGCAGCGCUGCAGGCGUCUGGCUCGGCGGCCGCGCUGAAGACCGCCGCCGCUGCUCGCCCUGCUUCGUCGAAGCCCGAGCCCCCGGCGUCAGAGGCGGGCGGUUCCAAGAAGGGCGGGAAGGCUUCGUCGGUGGCCGGGCGCUCCCCCGCCACCAAGAGGACGGUUGCGGCUCCAGUCGACGAGGCGCAGCCAGCGAAGAGGGGCAGGGGAAGGCCGCCGACUUCCAUGGUGAACGCGACUGCUACAGGCGCCGCGGCGGUCGAGAGUUUGAUUGCCGAGGUGUCCAGCUUGGCCACAGAAAGCUUGUCUACCCUCACGUUCGGCGAGACGCACGACUUGAGCAACAAGGAGGAGCAGAAGGCUUUCAAGGCGAUCUUGGUCAAGAAGAAGGCCGAUGCACUGAAGAUUGAGAAGUCGGUCAGCGCCUUGAAGGCGCGCCUUGGCAAGCUCGCGACUGGGUCGGGCUUGGACAUGGCAGAUGCCCUGAGCGACCUGGACGUCAUCAUGGACACUAGCACGUCGGCCAAGGAGCUCAUCGCGGCGAUGACCGCCAACAUGAAGGGCGCCAACCUCGACGCCAUUGACGCCUGCAUUGCGACGCUGGCGGUUGAACAGAAAGUGAGCUUCCCCUACAGGCUCAAGGUUCUCAGGCACCGCUUGGACAAGAGCUUCCAGUUCAACCAGUGCGAGGCCUUCGCUGAGAUGCUGAGCCAGGGCAGCGAGCGCAUGAAGCUGAUGCACUCGGACGUGUCCCUCAUGCCAGAGGAGAAGCUGGUGGACACCGCUGCCAUCAUCGUGGAAGAGAACAUCAGCAAGCUCCUGAAGACGGUGACCUCCACCGACAUUUCGAGGACCCAUUUUUUUGUGGCUGGCGCCUGGCCGCCUGAUCGCAGGUGGGGUGGCUCCGAGAGCGGCUCGCUCUUCAGGUCUUUCGUCGUCGUCGCCGGCCCCGCUGGGCCCCGCUCGCUUGAUCUCGGACUUCGCCUUCCCCACUUCGGCCCCCUGGUGCCCCGUGCCCCUGCUUUGCCCGCCUUGCCCGCCUGUCAAAGCCGCUCCAGCGACGGUACUUCUUUCAAACAUCUCAAGUCGUUCUGCAAGAUCCUCCGCGACGCCCCGCUGGUGUGCAGCGACGUUGUCAAUGACCAGUUUGAUUUGCUUAUCCCCCUCUUGAACCCCAAGGGCCACGAUGAGGAGCUAGUGCAGAAGGCGAUCGACUCGAUCUCAGAGAUCACCGAGGAUGACGACAAGCCGCUACUCUUGGAGAUCAGGUGGUCGGACAAGUGGGACUUGUUGUGCGAUGUCGCGAAGGAUGCUCUAGCGAGUAAAGCUGGAUUGUCCAUGGCGCUGAAGGCCGUGAAUGAUAUGACGGAGAGGUUGUUGCAGUGCACGGUCCCUGCGUGGGGCAGCGCUGCGAACGACUUCACCGAGAUGUUCAACUACGCGGUCGAGUUCAAAGAGGAGCUGGCGGAGGUGAAGAAGAAGCAGAAGUGCGCCAAGUGCGCCGAGACCCAGUCCAAGAUUCACAAGGUUGAGACAGACAUCGAUGCGCUGGCCAUGACCACCGUGAAGACAUGCAUGCUUUCCAUGUGCGACGAGGUGAAGACAGCCCCCGAUAAAUUCCCGACGGUCAAGGAUGCACUCGACAUGGACUUCCCAUUCAGCGCUUGCGACAAGAAGAUUUUUAAGCUCUUCGCUUUCUUGAAGGACAUGGUCGACCAUCAGGAGGCCUUCCGCAUUGCACACUGGCACGUGAAUGGUCCCAGGGCGAGGGCAGACGACGUCACCGUGGCUGAUUGCAUGGGGCUUGACGCUGCGCAGUUCAGGAAGGGCGCCAAGAUCUACUCCCUCACCGAGGAUUCGUUCGACACGAUGUUGGCGAGUUUGACGGAGUUCGUGCGCGUGACCUGCCCCAAAGCGCUGAAGAACGACCUCUCGAAGUUCCUGACGCUGGCGAAGACGGCCUUCGAGAAUGCGAAGUGCACCCUUGAGGAUUUCAAGCAGCUCUCCUCCUUGAAGACCGAGUUUGCCAAUCUGACGGGCACCUACGCCCUCCCCGACAAGGAGGUCUUGGAGGAGAACGACCUCGAAGUCAAUGAGGAGGUGGAUGCCAUGUACAUGCCCUUGGAUGGAUAUUCGCACGCGAACGUCACCCUGUUGUUGGACUUGGCCAGCGUCGUGGCGCUGUCCAGCGGCGAGAAGAUCUCGACCAAGGAAGCGGUGCGCAGCAACGAGUCCGACAGCUUGCUCAAGUGGAAGGGGACCUGGAUCGAGACCCAGCUCUUUGUCAGGGCAGGCUUCACGUUGGACUACGUGGACGGCCUCAUUGACGAGAUCGCUGACAUGAGCAAGACGUUGGCUGAGAAGGCCAAGGAGGCGUCGGACACCAGCAUCAACAAGAGGGUCAGAGCGACCAUAGAGGCGUCCAAGAAGGAGUUGGCGCUGCUCCCAGCCUUGAGCGACCGCGAUAAGUACGUCAAGAUGAUGGCCCAGAGCCGCGCGGUGAAGGCGACCACGAACUCCGUCAAGCUUUCGAAGCACGUGCAGUUGCUGAAGGAGGCCCGCGCCAAAGUCAUCAGCUCCAUGGCCGACGGCGCCAGCCCGCCGCUCCUGCAGGAAGUGGGCGACGCUCGCAAGUCCUUGGACGCUGCCCUGUGCCAUUUCAGCAUCCUGUCCCUCAUCGUGGUCGCCCCGUCCCUUCGCAAGACCAAGGUCGACGAUUGGCAGAAGGUUUGGCAGUACGUGACCGAAGAGAAGCUCACCGUGAACCAGAACUUGCUGGCCGAGGGGAAGAAGAUCUACGCCAGCGUAGGUUGGGGGGGCGGCGGCGGCCCCAAGGCCGACCUUCCCCAGGACGCUGCCGGAGAGGCGCGGGGCGCGUCCGACGACGCCCCCGUGGAUGACGACCCCCCGGAGUCAUCGGCGGCGUCUGCGGCAGCGUCGGUGAAGUCUACGUCGUCAGAUUGA